CAGCGAAUAACAUCGAAUAGCAUCGCCUGUGCUCUGGUAUGGCUCUGUGUGGUUCGGGUCAGAGCCAAGGCGCAGACUUUGGCUGUAUGGCAGAAAGAGACCACUUUGGUCACCAUCAUCGAUACCAGGCAGUCUGUAUUCCCAGACGUGAUACCCUCAGAUUACCUCGGAAAUGGCGUUGUAUUUGCCUCGAUAUCAUACCCAUUACCCCUGAUGGUAGAUGACAUCGCCUUGAUCCCUGAUCUAGCACGUCGUCUACAACAAACACAUCAGGAAGCCGACACACAGUACGCAAAGGCCAUUGUCGCACAGGUCAAUGCCAGUUCCGACUGGGCCUCCUUUGUAUCUCAACAUCCGGAGAUAGCCAUUAGUAACACGACUUGCAUUUCGGGCCAGACUUGGGCUUCGUUGAUCGCUUCGAGUUACACAACCACCGGCUCAGCGGGGGUUGUUGGAUUCUGCCGGCUCGUCCUGCUGAGACAGCUUGGGAAUUGUGCCCUGCAUUGGAAGGAGAGGAGUUUAAAUGUCUUGAAGCGGAUGGUUUGAUUCGGUGGAUAUCCGGGAGAGAGUCGGGAGAUACCAA